ACCCUAAGUUGAGAGCUCUGUCUCAUUUGAGAAAUAAUCUCAAGAGAGUCCCCAACGAAGAGAAAGAAAGCAAAAGGGUUUUAGAGACACUCUUCUUCUGGGUUUUACCGCUUCUUCCCCCACAACGCCGAGAUGAUUACUGAUAAGGGCAAGAAGGCCAAGCUCUCUGAAAAGCCCGAAGACGACAAUUCUGAGGUCAUCGAUGAGAAACUCGUUAUGUCGAUCGAGAAGUUGCAGGAAAUUCAAGACGAGCUCGAGAAGAUCAACGAGGAGGCCAGUGAUAAAGUAUUGGAAGUGGAACAGAAGUACAAUGAAGUACGAAAACCUGUCUAUGACAAGCGGAAUGAGAUCAUCAAAUCAAUUCCUGACUUCUGGUUAACAGCGUUCUUGAGCCAUCCUGCUCUUUGUGAACUUUUGACCGAAGAGGACCAGAAGAUAUUCAAACAUCUCACCUCCCUGGAAGUGGAAGAUUUUAAAGAUGUCAAAUCGGGUUACUCAAUUACUUUUAACUUCAACACCAACCCUUAUUUUGAAGAUACAAAGCUGACGAAGACCUUCACCUUUCUUGAUGAAGGAACAAGGAAAAUCAAUGCUACAUCGAUAAAAUGGAAAGAAGGAAUGGGUUUACCUAAUGGGUUUAACCACGAGAAGAAAGGGAACAAACGACCUCAGGCCGAGGAAAGCUUUUUUAGCUGGUUCAGCGAUACAGAACAGAAAGAUAUUGAUGACUUCCAUGAUGAGGUUGCGGAAAUUAUCAAGGAGGAUUUAUGGCCUAACCCUUUAUCCUACUUCAAUAAUGAGGCUGAUGAAGAUGAAUUGGAUGAAGACGAAUCUAAUGAAGAGGGAAAAGAAGAUGACGACUCAGAUGAUGAUGAUGACGAUCAAGAUGAUGACAAUGAUGCUGGUGAUGAUGAGGAUGAUGACUAAGAUGACUAGUGAAGUUUAAUGCAUCUCUUCAAAUGGCUCAUUUCUGUAAUAGUUGCUCAAGUAUCAGUUGGUAAAGGAGAAUCGUUUCUUGUGGUAGCCUUGCAGUCGUGGUAGGGUAACGGUUUGUAAGUUCAGUUGGUCAGGCAUUUCGACUCGACUCUACUUUCUCCCUAGGAGCCCUUUCCUUUUCUCCUUCCUCGUUGCGUAAAUUACUCUCUAAUAUAUAGGUUGUUGAGGAUAUUUAUGGUUUUUUAAUCUUAUGUUUUGUUCUAAUGCUAACAUUGGAGAAAGUAUUUUGAUGUGUAAAGUUAUUUUGGACUCCCCCUUAAUGCAUAUGUUAUUAAUUGUGUUACUAA